AUGUUUUAUGGAACAUUUUCAACAAUAGCAAUAUCACCAUUUUGGAUAACCACUGAACUUCUCAGCGUAGACUGGAAACCGGGUUGUGAAGCUCUAUGCGAUUGCAAAGAUGCUAUCUUAAGUAUCACUCAAAACAAUGUACUUAGUAGUGAGAAAGUCUCUAAACAAUGGAAUUUUCGCAAAUAUACCAGAAUGCAGCACAGAAGUAUGCUGGUUGGUUACUGGACUGAAGGAGAACCAGAGACAGUAACCAUGAUUGUUGAAAUACUGGGUACAGAUCCUAAUUAUGCUUUUCAGCGACUCUGCGAUUCAUCCCCCACAACGGCCCUAUUUCCCAUCCGUCAUUCUCCAAGUCAAACUGCUUACGCCUUCAACAACGGCACUGUGGUGGAGGAAACGGAACUGACAGGCUUAUGUUUCACUGUAAGAAUUGCCUACUCAAAACACAUCAAGCAAUGUCCAUGGUGCGCUUCAUCAAUUAAAUAUCGCUCGAAAACGGAAAUUACAGGCAAUCAACGGUUUAUAGACCGAAAAAGCGCAGCUUUCCCAGUCACCAAAGAAACUCUUAUUGGUGCAGCACUGAUCGGUUUCUCAGCGAUCCUGUUCCUUACUGUGGCAGCCAUUUGUUUUAUUUUUGUCUACAGAAACUCGACGAGACCAGCUCCAACUCGGUUUCCAACGAUCAAUUCAAACAAAAGGGUCGAUAAUACUCAGUGGAAAUGGCACUCCCAGACAAAAGGGAACUCUGUGUUCCCAAGGAUAGACCGCUCUAAACGUGCCUCCCUUAUGUCGCUGGGAAUACACUAUGACGACCCUCAAAGUUCUUCAGAUGGCUAUGUGGCUUUACCUCAAUGA